CUGCAGGAAUAUCCCGGUCCUGACUUGUAGCGGUUCCCAUCCUUUCCUCCAUCCAGAGCGGUGCUGAAGGAGACCCCCCUUUUCCCCCCCCCGCCCCUCCCCUCCCAAUCUCCAAACACACACACAGCGCUCUGGACACCGGCCGUGAUGCAAUACCAGCAACACGCCAGCUCGUCGGCCGUGAGUGUGAAUCUGCCGCUGUACGCGCCGACCCCGAUGCAAGCGGUGCACCCGACCCCAUUCUACAUCGACGACAUCCUGGGACGCAAUGGGGCCCCUCACUCGACCACAGUGGCCCCCGGGCCUGCUCUGCCGUCCCCCAAUUCGUCCUUCACCAGUAUAGCUUCCCCGUACCGAACUCCAAUCUACGAGCCAACUCCAAUCCAUCCAGCCUUUCACCACCCGGCCCUGACACCGUACGGCAGCAGCGCCUUCACUGGACCCCUGUACCCCUUUGCCAGGACUGUUAACGACUACACGCACGCAUUCCUCAGACAGGACACGCUGGGAAAACCGUUGAUAUGGAGCCAUUUUAUUCAAAGGCCACCGCACAAAAGAAAAGGGGGGCAGGUUCGAUUCUCAAACGAUCAGACCAUUGAACUGGAAAAGAAAUUCGAGACCCAGAAAUAUCUCUCACCCCCUGAACGAAAAAGACUCGCCAAGAUGUUGCAACUAAGUGAGAGACAGGUAAAGACGUGGUUUCAGAAUCGCAGAGCUAAGUGGCGGCGGCUCAAACAGGAAAAUCCUCAAGGGGCCAAAAGAGAAGAAUCAGACAAUUCGGAUCAAUCCAUCGAAAGCCAGUGCGAGAAGGGUCGAGAGAGUUGCCUGAGUCCGGAACAGAAUAAAGGGGUGUUAUUGAAUGGGUCGCACUGCUCGACCUCCCCCGCUUCUCAGCAAAAUGAAUCGGAAGUGUCCGAGGAUAGUGACGAAGAAGUGGAUAUCGAUGACGACAGGAGUCCUUACCCUGCAAAUGUAUAAUCGAACCAUUUGGGACACAAUUCGGUUGGAGAAUGGAAGGAUAGUGGUUUAUCCUUGCACUUUAUUGGGGACUGGACUGGUAGGUAGGAUCUGUUUCCUAAAACCUCAAUGAUGGGAAGAAUGUAUAAGGUGUGAGGCUCAAAACGUUUUUGCCUGGGUUAUAAUGUUUAGUGAACGGGCCCAUACUAUCGGUAUCUAAAUACGAUCGAAUGAAGGAUUGUGUUUAACUCUAAGUAACACACUGUCUUAUAUUUAUGUACAGUACAUAAUUUUUGUAAUUUGAAUAUUUUAAUACUCGUGUACAGAACAUGUUUUUUGUUGUAAUAUUCAAUUUUGUAAGAAAAUUGUUAGACAGCAGAAAAAGAGUCGAGUAAUUUAUACAACCACACAAAGCUAUGGCAUCCGUGUAUUUGAUUGGUAGCUUUCAGUAAAAGUUCGUCAGUGGUUAUAUACCUCAUACUCCGAAAGUAUUGUGUAUAUUUUGUGUAAAUACAUGUUUGGUUGAGACGCUCUCGUGGCUAAUAAAUGCAGAAAAAAACAUGAAA